AUACGUUCCGUCUGAGAUUAUGUGUUAGACUUUUGUCUGUUAAGAUAAUAUAUAACCUCAAUAGAUAACUCGACUGCGUGAUUAAAUGGUCGUUUAGAUUUCAUUAUAGAUUCUCUUGUAUUUAAAAUAACAGAUUCGUGUACGGUUAAGUAAAAGUCGGAACGCUAAUAUGGUUCGUGGUGUCACAAAGUUAUUGUCCCGUGUAGUCAGGUUGAGAGUUUUGGAGAGAUUUAGCUUCUUAUGAUGGAUUUAACUAGUGCUUUGGAGCUGUUUCCUGAGUUUGCUGUGACUCAGAUACUUUUCAAAGAUGUUAAAAACUGUGCAGAACUGAAAAAGAUGGCAAUGGAGGGAAAAAUAGCCGGUGCGCUGAUCAACCCUUCAGUUGUGUUGGAUCCGUUCCAAACUCUCCUAGCAGCAAAUAAAGCAGUUCAUGUUCAGAUGAUUGGAAAAAUGAAGACAAGGAGCUUAUAUUCUGAAAUCAUCUUCAACCUUUCACCAACAAACAACAUCUCUGAAGCUUUUAAAAGGUUUGGGAUCUCAGAAAAUGACAAUGCGGUUCUUAUUGUUCUGGUUCAUAACAAAGAAGAAGCAUGCAAUAAGGACGAUAUCCUGUCGAAGGUGGACGGCCAGCAGAUUCCAGCUGAUCAGAUAUCCUCCCUCAGUGAUCUUGCCAAGAUUAAAAAGCUUUACAAACUUGCACCUCAAGAGGAAAAGUGUGGAAGUGUUUUGGAUGCUGUUGUCUGCAGAAUGGCUGCUAAGGAUGUUGUCUAGCUUACUUUUUUAUUAUUUCAGACAGAAUAUCUGUUAUGUAUUUAUUUCUGUAUAAACAUUAGAAGAUUUUUUUUUUUUUUUUAAAUAAAAACAAAUUUGAUAAUGG